AUGAAUGUUAUUCAAACGUCAAAGACGCUGACUAAACGUUAUUUGCCAAUUGCAAAUUCGCAACUACGAAUACUUCCCACGCAACACAGGUUUAUUGUCUACAAUGAGAAGGUCAGAGCACCUAGUGAAUCAAAGGAAUUAGUAGGAAGAAGAAAGCAAAGGCCCAUUUCGCCUCAUCUAACCAUCUACGAGCCUCAAAUUCCCUGGGUACUGUCUGCAUUACAUAGAAUCACUGGGAUAUAUCUUGGCCUCAUAUUUUUUAGUUGUACCAUACUUUUAGGUGUAUCGUCAAUAUUUAAUCUAGAUAUUAGUACGAAGAAGAUGAAAGAUUGGUACAAGAGAUACAUUCCAACGUAUGCCAGUGUUCUAAACAGAAUUUUAUUGAGUUACUUCGUGAGUUUCCACUCCUUCAAUGGUAUAAGACACCUUGUUUGGGAUACUGGCAGACAGUUAAGCAAUCAAGGCGUUAUAAGGACAGGCUAUGUGGUCAUUGGCUUAUCCACUCUAGUUGGCACCUAUUUGUUAAGCAUUUAA